UCCCCUUCCUUUGCCCCCUUCUCCUCGCCUGAGCAGCUCCCCUCCCCUCUCCGGCAAUAACUGCCAACCACUGACCCUUCUUUACCGGCAACCACGGCGGCGCCACCGCUAAACCGACCGCGAAUGUCCACCACCGCCGCCAUGAGGUGCACCUUCGCGGCGCCGGCUCGUGGAGCAGCACCUAUCGUUACUGCCCCAGUGUCCUGCCGCACCUCCACCAUGCGCAACUGCUUGAGCACGGUCUCCACCCCGACCUGCUCGCCGCUUCCAACCUUAUCUCCUCACAUGCGCUCAGGAACGCGCUGAUCAACGCAUGCUCCAGGAACGGGGCGGGUUCUUGGACGCCAGCAAGGUGUUCGAGGAAAUGCCGAGAUGGGACAUCAUGUCCUGGAGCACGGCCAUGGCUGCGAUCGUGCGACAGGGGGAGGUGGCCACUGUACCACUUCAUAAGAAUGUCUUAGAGAUGAAGCAGCAUACAGUCUUGGGUAAAAUUCUGAGUCAGAUAAGGAGGAAUUGAUUAAGCCAGCAGACAUAAUCCAGUUUCUUGUGGUCUAAGGACUCUUGGCUGGAUAAAACUCCUUGUACACCAUUGCUUCACAUUCGAGAACUUUGACCAGGAACAAAAGUUGAAGGCAAGACCUAUCUUCCAGAAUACUCUGUACUCGGCCACUUGCAGAUUGUAGAGUAAACUUGAAAGGCAAUUGGUGGUUAUCAUAACACAUGGAGAAUAAACCAAUUGAGCAUAUUAGUAACCGCUUCACAGUAACACCCACAAAUGGAUCUGCAUAUGCUGAGAAGGAAAUGCUAAAGCAGACUAUACUUGCACAGGAAGCUACAUUCCGGAAACAGGUCUAUGAACUUCAUCGUCUGUACAAGGUUCAGAAGGACCUAAUGGCAUUACAAUGCCGAGGAGGUGAAUCAAAGGGAUAUUCUAAAGCCAUAUCAUAUUCAUUACCAUCUGGGGGUAUAAGAAGAGUCCAGCAAAUGGGGCCUCCUGCAGGACAUGAUACGAGGAAACCUUCUGGAAAAUUCAUGAAGGGAAAAAAUAUAGAGCGUAGCUUGAACAGAGUGUCUAUGAGGCAUAGCAAUAGCGGGUCCACAAAAGAAAUGCUCCUUCAGGUUCCAGCUGACGCAGAUGAUAGUGAUGAUGAUGUGGUGACAGUAUGGGAGAACCCUGCAAAGAGUUUGCCAAGAAAUAGUGGUUCAGUUGUUGGUACAAAUCUGAAGCUUAGCAUUGAACGCACCUCACCCAUGGACAAGAAUUGGGCCACUGGUUUACAGCCAUCAGGUGUCUCAACAGUGAAUGCUUUGAACAAAAAAGUGAUAGGGUCAUCUAGCACUAUGAAGAAAACAAACUUCCCAAGUGUGGGUGCCUCCAGUUCUAAGAACCAGUGUUAUUCAUAUGGCCAUAAAUUAAAAGAUCGAAGCAGUGGCAUGGAGUGGCUCACACACAAGAAAACUGGUGUUGAUUCCUCAACCGCGCAUUACCAGUCCAGCUCUAGCAUCGUCAAUCCAGGAAUAUUUGCAGCAUCCAGCUCCAAUGCUGCACCCAGAUCUCUAUGGCAAAGCAGCGCCACAGAUUACACGACUAGGAGGCAUUAUGCUGACGCUGAAUUGCCCAGCGCUCAGAAUGGCCGACUUCCAACAUUUCAAAGGUAUCACCGCCUUCAUUCAUCAGAGAUUCCUGGAGGGGCUCAGUAUCAACAUCCUUCCCCAUUUUAUGAUUGUCCCAAGGAUGUGAAUCUGAACAAUGGUCCUCGUGAUGCAACUGCCACUCUGGGACAAGCAAGUGAGAAUGCAUCAAAGGAAGUCUUGUGGGACAGAAAGAAGCUGCGAAACUCGACGAAGAAAAUCACCAUGAAGAAAUCACAAGUGUUACCGAGUCAUGAGAAUCGGCAUUCCCAGAUUUCGCCUGGUUCCAUGGGUUAUUCAGGAGGUAGCACAAGAAUUCUUGGUUUCACUAUUAGUGCAGCCACCGAGAAAGAUUCUCACCGCCCAUCAACUUCGUCCACUACACACAUGGGCGCAGACAGCACACCCUUGAGCAAGGGUGUAGCUGACUUGGAAAUGCAAUUCCAGAACAAGAAGGAUGGCACCAGUGUCAGAAACCUCAUUGACCUGAACGUUGCACUGCCGUUCAUGGAUGUUACAGAGAUGGAUGCCCGCCAGUCAGAAGGCGACAGUGUUCCUGAAGAACCAGAUGGUCCUUCCACUGCUGCAGCAAAGAAUCUCAUGGUCAUGCAUACGGGUGAAUUCCAAGCAGGACCACCUCAAGGUAAUAUUCUGCAUUGGUUUGCUGGCCUUGCAACAUCAGGGGAGAGCACAGUGGUCUGUAGUAGUGAAAUGAACAAUGUUGAUACGACUCUGAAGCUUUGACGCUGCAACAGUUCGAAACCAAAGACUGUGUUUCCGAUAAAGCCAAUUCAAGCAUAGCGACACCUCAAGAAGACAUCCAGAAGGACAUUAUGUAGGUUCAGAUUUAACUUUAGAUUUCUUAGUUGAUGGGAAUCUACUACUCCCUCCGAUCCUAAUUGUCGCUGAUUUAGUACAAAGUUGUACUAAAUCAGCGACAAUUAAUAUGGAGCGGGGGGAGUAAGAAGUUUCAGAGAAAUGAGGAACUAGCCCUAUAGUUCACAACUCUAUUGCGGGCUCUAGAAACGUAAACAUCUUUCUUGUUACCUUUGUUUUACAACAAAUUCUGGUUCAGGAUUUCUUUUUUGAAUGAAUGCUUUGUUUGA